ACUACAUGUACAUACAGUGUACACCAAAGCUUAUAUGUUUAACAUUUGCAUAAAACACUACUCAACAAAAGUGGAAAUGUGCAAGCUCAAUUAAAAUGGAAAUCAUAUCACAAGAACAAGAGUUAUCUACAGGUAAUUAUCUGACUACUGCGAGGGACUAGAAAGGUAUAUAACACUGAGAUGCGGUAACAGAUAAAUUAGAUUACAAAGCAGCCAGAGCAGAGAGGAUAUUAUAGCUUUUAUUCAAUAUAACUGCUAUUGGAUCAAAAAGUUUCAAUACAAAAAUCUAUAUUCAAUAAAAAGGAAAAUCUUAGUUUGCUGCAGGGAAUUAACUAAGAAUAUUGUCUGAUGCAUAAUGAUUGAUCUUGAAUAAAAUUAAAGUUAACAAUUAAAAUUAAUUAAAAUUACAUAAUGAACAGAUGCGGUUUAGUAAAUACUGAAAUAGAAUAAAAGCCAAGUAAAUCUAGAAAGAAUAUUUUUAUAUAACGAACAGAUGUGGUCUAGUUCUAGUUUUAGUGCAUGAAUACAAUGAAAAAAUAGAAAUUCUGAACAAACACAGUAAGGAAAGUAUCAAAAGAUAAUAAGAACUUCAUGAAUAGUAAUUGACCAUAACUUUAAUUAUUCAAAAAUGAACUCAACACUGUCUCUGCUGGUUGUAACCAUAGCAACAACAAUGAACAUAACAACUGAUGAUGUAAUGGUGAAUAAAACAACAACUAAGAUGGUCAGUGAAGCGUCAAGUAUUAGCAAUGCCAGUGGAGCAAACAAAUUUAUGGACAAAACAACAGAGAUGUCAGCCAAUGUUACCCUAACAACGGGUUAUUUAAAUAACACUGAUUCCCCAGAGAAAUACGAUCAUGAAGAGAGUAUCACGAUCACGUCAUACUACAUUGGGGUGAUAGUUUCUCCAAUAAUUAUCAUCACAGGCGUGACAGGAAAUAUUCUGGCCAUUUGUGUCCUGACUAGACCCGAGCUUAUCAAAACUCCAUCAAACUAUUUCCUGAUUGCUCUAGCAUUUGCUGACAUGGGUCGCAUUCUGAUAGCUGCCGAUUUGCCGUACUUCUUGAAGGAGGCAAUCAAGUUUGACUAUGGACUCCAAGGAACUUGGGCGUGUAGAUUAAGAACAUUUUUCUACUACUACUGGUGUCAGUUGUGUGGUUGGUUCCUAGCCAUGUUAACGAUAUGGAGGUUCCGUUGCGUCUAUUUCCCACUCUCCGCUCGGGCAAACAAAAACAAAAUGUUGUGUGUUGCAUUGAUAUUCACGACGAUAAUUGCAAUUGGACUCAUUGACAUGCCAUUUUUCUGGGCAGUUGAGCAGACAUAUAAGGAUGGACAACCACAAUGUAAGGCAGUAAAUGAUCAGUAUGAAACAUACAAGCACAACAUUAACCCCUGGAUUGAUCUUGUCAUCGCUUGCCUCCUUCCCGCUGUCAUCAUAUUCUCGGGGAACAUGGCUAUCAUUGGCAAACUUUUGAAAUUCAGAAGCAAGCGUAUGAACAUGAAGCAAGGACAAGAAAGGGAUGACGAUGACUCCAAGGCUCUUCUGAUUAUUCUUAUUUUAUUAAGUGUUGCAUAUUUCCUGUUAACGUUUCCCCUGCAGGUGUACCUGAUCGCAGAACCACUCGUCCGUGAUACUCUUUUCGCUGGACCCAAAGGACAUGAGCUCAGUAUGAACCUCUGGUACGCUUCAGAGGAGCUCUACAGCCUCAACUCUGUUAUCAACUUCUACUUUUACGUCGUGGGCGGUGGUAAGUUUCGUGAACAGCUGAAGAUUAUGAUAUGUUGCGGAAAAUACAAGGGGAAAUCAGGAGGAGAAAUGAAAAUUCUGACAUCAGAUACUACAAAUGCGGGAGCAUCGAAUGAUAAUUUGGCAAAUGGAUCCAACAUUUGGACAGUGAACAGAAGCCCAUCCAACACUGUUUGAGAUGUUGACAAGUAUGAUCCCACAAACAGAUUAAUUCAUAACAUUUUGACUUUAAUAGGUAUUGCAGAACAUUAUUUCUCUAAAAACUUUAACAUUUUUAACUCUAAAGACUGACGAGAUCUGAUCCACAUCUCUGUUUAUAACAGACAGAGAUGAAUUUUGAAUCUUAUCAUCCCAAUACGAGAAGUUAGUAUAUAUUUGUGGAAUAAAAUACAUGUAUGAAUGAUGUAAGAGACAUUAUACCACUCUAAGUCCGAUUACAGUUGUAUAGCAUGGGUCUAUAACAACGAUAUACAGUGGAGAGUGGUAUAUCGUCAUCGUAUACAACUCCUCCGUAUACACUCCAGCGUAUACCACUGUAGAAGUUCAUUCUGGGAACAAAUGAAUAUUGACCGAAGAACGAGGUGUAUGUUUUGUUACACAUGAUUUCAUAGAAUCAAGUGACGUCAUAAAUGGUUCCCACAUGAUUUGCUAUACUCUCGUGAGAAUAUAAUAUAUUCACUCGUUUGCUACGCUCACUUGUGAAUAUAUCAUAUACUCACUCGAGUAUAAACACGAUAUACAGAAAGAACCAUUAUAUAACCUCAUAUUAUUUAUUCUAAACAUUAUAUAAAACAUUAAAUAAUUAAUGUUAUUUAUUGUAAGGGUUUAGUCAAACUAGUAAUUGUGUUGAAUAAUAUAUAUGGUACUGAAAAUAAUCAUGGAACUGACACUAUUAUGCAUAUACAUAAUGCAUUGAAUGUUUUAUCCAAUGUAAGCAAAUGUAAGUAAAAUGAUUAGUACUAUGCAUAUUGUGCACUGUAAACCAUGUGUAUAGACAUCCUAAGGAGCCACACUAAUGCCCGAGUCACAUUUGCUCCAAUUCAUCUUCCCACUCCUGGCUAAUUGAGUAUUGUGUUCAAAUUUAUAUUCAGUUUUGAUCCAAAUAAUCAAUCGGCCAGACACCGGCUGAUGAAACAGAGCAAAUGUGACUCAGGCAUGUUAAAGAGAUGUUAAAGUUUACUGUGCUUGUAAACUGCUUUCAGUGUAUUAAAUGUGUAAUUGUAAAAAUGUAAUUAAAUGUUGUGAAUGUUAUAAUACACUUUGAACUGUAUAUGGCUGUUCUUAGUUUUCAUUUCAAGGUAACAUCAGUCAUCUAACACACUUCAGAAACUGCACGACAAAAGCAGUUUUAUAACACUAUCUUGGCAAUAACUAGAAAAUGGCAACUCCACAGAGUAGCAACCACCAUGGACGAUAUAUAGUUUUUCACACACUGAAGUAUAUUUAGCUUAUAAUUUUUCAAGACAAGAUAUUAAAUUUCUUUUACUGUGCUGUCUAGCAUUUCAAUAGGAAACAAAUACAUUUGUACAUUGUAGAUAUGUCAAAAUUUCUGAAAACUCUAAAAAGACCAGCUAUGGUCUGGCAAUAUCUUUGACCAAGAUGAAUACCAACAUUUUUCAUUAAAAUAAUAUUUCUUGGAAAUAAAGUUAUCAAUAUAAUAAAAAGAUAUCAAUUGAACUCUAAGAAUUUUGGAAAUUUCAUUGCUUAGUCACCCCAUCUCAACACACUUUUAUAGGAAAAUGCACAGCAUUUAGCAAAUUGAUCACUUAUUGCUGGUAUUGCUCACCAUUUAAUAUAGAAAGUAGUCUAAAG